AUAUGCCGAGCUGUCGGAAUGACCCGACUCGUCUGGAGGGGAAUCCGAGCUGUCCGAUUUGCCGUGGGCCGGUGAGACACAAGGUAAGUCAGAUAGAGACACUGCUGCAAGAAAACAGGGACACUUUGUUGUGGUUCCUUCCCAAGACAAGCUCAGCUAAUGUGAUAUCCAGGGCCGCAUUUACUUUUCGUGAUUAUUGUGUGGUGGUAGAGUCGCUGCCUUGUUUUUUUGUUCCUUGUUGCUGCAUUUGGACGACGGCGUUCGGUAUCGAUGAAAGAAUGAGAUGUCAUGUCGAAUGUCAAUGCUUUGGGGGGCUCGCUUUUGUCGCUACUUUCUGGAGACACCAAGAAAUUAAACUUGAAAAUCGAUAUCCCAUCCCGGAUUUUUUUUGGGAAUUGUUCAAGUCUGCCCACAGAGACCUGAAGUUGAAGUCAUGAAAGAUAGCUCCACCAACCCUAUCCCUCAAACCAGCGAAAGCUGUGAUGUAACACGCACAUCCAUACCAUAGCACAGAACCCCCCAAAAAGGAAAGUCAGUCAUCAGUCCACAGUCCACCGCAGUGGAAUGGAAAGAUAUCCCCGAGGUCACGUUACGAACAUCUG